AUGGCAUUUGGAGAGAUUAAGGUAAGAAGCUACAAUGGGCAAAUUGAUAGAACUCGAGUGGAAGAUCUUGAAAGAAGGUGUGAGGUAGGGCCAGCCGAGCAUGUUUUUCUCUUCACGGAUACUAUGGGUGACCCCAUCUGUAGAAUCCGAAACAGUCCGAUGUAUAAGAUGCUGGUAGCUGAGUCCAACAAUGAACUAGUUGGUGUCAUUCAAGGCUCUAUAAAGGUUGCCACUGUUCGAAAACCCCCAAAGGACCAAGCCAAGGUGGGUUAUAUCUUAGGCCUAAGGGUCUCGCCCCUUCACCGGAGACAAGGGAUUGGCUCAACCCUAGUGCACCAUUUAGAACAAUGGUUCAUUGCCAACCAAGUUGAUUAUGCCUACAUGGCCACCGAGAAAAAUAAUCAAGCCUCCGUGAAGCUUUUUGUGGACAAGCUCGGGUACGUCAACUUCAGAACUCCGGCAAUCCUCGUACAUCCUGUCAACAGUCCCUCGUUCCAAAUCUCAUAUAACAUCGAAAUUACUAAGCUCAAGGUAGAACAAGCUGAGUUUCUGUAUAGAAAAUUCAUGGGUUCAACCGAGUUUUUUCCCAAUGAUAUUGACAAAAUACUCAGAAACAAGCUAAGUUUGGGCACAUGGGUGGCCUAUCCUCGAGGUGAAUUAUCAUCAGGUGAAUUUGGAUCAGAUGGUAGAGUUCCAAACAGCUGGGCAAUGCUUAGUGUUUGGAACAGUGGAGAACUGUUCAAGCUAAGAAUAGGCAAAGCACCCUUAACUUGCCUUUUAUAUGCCAAGUGUUCGAGAUUGAUCCACAAGGCAUUUCCUUGCUUGAAAAUGUUUUCUCUGCCAGAUUUUUUCCACCCUUUUGGAUUUUACUUCAUGUAUGGAUUGCAUCGAGAGGGUCCAUUUUCGGGCAAGUUGGUUUGGACUCUUUGCAAAUUUGUUCACAACAUGGCUUCAAAUUGUAAGGACUGCAAGGUGGUGGUCACGGAGGUCGGUGGCGGCGACGCCGUGAAACUUCACAUCCCGCAUUGGAAGUUACUCUCAUGUCCGGAGGACUUGUGGUGCAUAAAAGCCUUGAAAAACAGUGAGAGGAACAGCCUCUAUGAAUUGACAAGAACCCCACAAGCAACAAGAGCUCUUUUUGUAGACCCAAGGGAGGUAUGA